AUGACAGAACCGAGUGGUGGUGGCGUCGUCGACAACUCGCCGCUCAUGUCGGCUGUCAAAAUAGAUGCAGAAUCUGCAGCUGGAGAGGGAUCGGAAGUGGCCGCAACGCUCGAGGAUCUGCUUCAGGUGACCUCUGCGUGAGUGACUUGCUUCAUAGUGUGGCCUUCCAUUUUCUUAGUUUCAUAAACCUUACAUGAUCGUACUCGGAGCCUUGGAAUCGGUUUGCCAACGCAUCAUUCAAUUGCAGAUGGCGUCCCUACCCGCUCUUCAUCAUCUGCUCCAUGUCGUUCCUCUGGUCGCUCUGCGCCCUCAGCGCCAUCUCGCCCGCAUUCACCGCCUCGGUCGAAGUGUGCUCCGACAACUGCUCCUUCUACACAAUACAGCACGAGUUCAACCUAACCACUUCAUUUUUCCUCGAGCCCGCCGAGCUCACCACGUCCGUUUAUUUCUUGGGCAACUUGCUUAUUGGGCAGCUAUUCGCCGUGAUCGCUGACAGGUGACUAUUGAUUUCGUCACAACGUUGCUGACCUGUCACUCUGUACCGUACAUGCAUUUAUUGACAGAUUCGGCCGCCGUCCAAUCGUCAUCUCAUCGCUCUUUUUUACCGGUAUCGCCGGCUCGCUCGGCGCCUUCGCUCCCAAUUUUUCUCUGCUUCUUCUCGCAAGAUUUAUUCAAGGAUCAUGUUAUACUGUAGGUGUCAUCUUUGCUUUUCUGAAAGCUCAAACCUCUUUUUGUUUUCAGCCCCUGACAACUGUAAACUACGUGCUGAGCGGAGAGAGUAUUCCGACGCGUUCCCAGUCGCUCACGUCCAUCUUCUUCGGCGUCUUCUGGGUGUGCGGCUAUUGUUUUCUGGCGCCCAUGUCGGUUUGGUUUCCCACGUGGCGCACUCUCCAGUUCGCCACCGCCGUUCCCAACGUUAUCAUGGCACUGUUCCUCUUGAUGUAAGUGUUUAUGCGUUUUGCUCAAUGACCAUCAAAAGUGCUCGGUUCUUUUGCAGCACUCUUCCCGAGAGCAUUGCGUAUUCGAUCGAGAAGAGAGACCGUUCGGCCGUCGAGCGGUGGAUCAGAAACAAUGAAAGGCUGUCGUGUCGCAAGAUCGCACACAACUUGGAUUCGAUUAUGAAGAUCGAGAACAAACGGCCGGAGAGACUGACAAUCCUCCAGAUGCUUCGGGCGAUUCUCGCGGAUCGAUCGAUAAUCCGUCGGAUGGUUCUGGAGCUGAUCCUCUGGAUUCUGACCUUCAUGACUUACUGUGCCCUCUCGCUGACCUCCACCUCCGUCGGCAACUCGGACCCUCUCGUCUCUUUCCUCUUCUCCGGCGUCGUCGAACUUCCCGCCUACCUGUUCAUUCCAAUCUGUCUCAAAUGGUGAGUAUAUCCCUUCUUUCCAUAGUUGCCACGGGCCGGGCCGGGCCAGGGCCUUUUCCAAAACUCCGGCCCGGUUCAAAAAGCGGGAAUUCAAAAUUUGAAUUAUUGAUCGCAUGAAGCCAUUUUUUUUGUAGAAUUAGGGGUUUUUUUGCAAGCAUCGAACAUUGAAAAACAAAUGUAUUUCUCAUAAAAAAUUCAUAAUAGCAAAAAAACAAAGAAGAAACACUAAAACUUUAGUUCGAAAAUUUUUUUUGUAAUAACGAAAAAAAAAAUUUCCGCGAAAAUUUGAAUUCCCGCCUUUUGAACCGGGCCGGGCCGGCACUUCACCGACCCGGGUCGGCCCGCAUGGCCGGCCCGAAAUCUGGCAAGUCUGCUUCUUUCCCUCCCAUUCCAUUGAUUUCAGGACGAAACGUCGUCCGACCCGCUUCUUAAGCCAUUCGAUCGGCGCGUGCGCUCUGCUCGUCAUGUACUUCCUGUCGUACGAGAGCCCGUGGCACCUCGUCAUCUGGCUCGUCGCCAAGUUCUGCGCCGCCUGCUGCUACAUCUUCUGCUUCAUUUACGCCUCCGAACUCUUUCCGACGUUCUGCCGCUCGUGCUGCAUCGGCGUCUGCUCCACGUGCUGCAACAUCGGAGCCAUCGUGGCGCCGCACGUCUUCGCGAUGGACCUUCUGCUCGCCGGCUCUCAGUUUCUGCUGCUCGCCGCCGUCGGCGUCUUCUGUGCCGUCUUGGCUCUUUUGCAGCCGGAGACUAAAGUCUAG